GUCAAUAAGAAAGGGCCAGAUGGGAUCCAUAAGUAGUCAAAAGUCAUUAUAUACCAAGAAUGCAGUACCUUACCAUAUCUGUAUUUUAUGGUAGUCGCUUGAUAAGAGAGAUGUACUGGAAAUUUUCUUCAGGUCUGUGUUGUAGUCUUUUACUUUAUGUCUUAAAUAAGGCUUUGUGGCAAUUGGACACCCCUUGAAGAUCUUACUCGGGGCAAAAGGAGCUUAUAAAAGUGCAUUGUAGGCACACAGAUUAGUUACGUAUAAAUAGCAUCUUUGAAAGGGAAAAACAGAGUAGCUCCCUUUCCAACUUAAAUAUACAAAAUCUCCUUCAGUGUACUGAACCAAAGGGUGUUUGUUUGGAGUUUUUGGCAAGAACAAAACCCAGUUUUACUUGGCAAGUUUGGGCUAAGCGGUUACAGAAGUAAUACAGAGCAACACUCUCAGGAUGAAACGGGUGUUGGAAAUGGUGUCAUUUCCCGGUGUCCCGACAUUGUGAGAGGCUGUGCAAUGAAAGACCCUUUUCAUGCCACAAAGAGAAAGUUGUCAUGCAGGUCAAAGAUCCAGUGUAUGCUCGGAGUUUAGUAGCCAAGAAGAAUGCUACUUAGAACAUUUCUCUACUGUUUAGACAUAACUGAGGAAGAACUGGGUAUAUGCAGAUGUUUUACAGCACUGCCCAGAACUGAACUGAACUAUCUGGGGUUUGUGGUGGUGUUCCCUGACAUGGUAAGAAAAAAAUCCUAUGUUUGAGUGAGCUGUCUACAAGUUCUGGGUGAGGGAUAGGGGAAUCAGAAUUUCCAUUACUAAGAUGCUAGAAAACAAACUCAUUCAAGCAAUUUGCUACUGUCCUGGGUUCAGCAGGCUUAAACCACAACAGCUACACAAGAAAUAGCCUGGGGUGAAUUUUUCCCUCAGCUUUUACAGUAUUGAUUUGCUGAGCUUUGGGUGAGAAGCUUUUUGAUUUGUAACUCUGCUUGUGAAAUGAGUAAAACUGCUUGAGUAAAGACAACUACAGAAUGUGCUUAUGCAGAGUAGUGCAGACAUGUGCUUUCAUUCACUAUGUUCACUUCAUUUACCCUGUGUAGCAUUCGCUUUUUCUUGUAAGUGCUAUAAAUAAUCCCUGCAAUUAUAUACAGGGGAGUGAGAUUAGUAACCUAGAAGGUAGGGAUGGGUUCUCUUCCAUAUGAGUUUCUUGUGGGAUCUUGGUAUGUAAUUUCUUGCACUGCGUAUUUCAUAGAAUAGGUGAGGUUGGAAAAGACCUUUAAGAUCAUCAGGUCCAGCCUUCACCUGAGGUUUCCUCUCAGAUAUUAAUUCUUCAUAUGGCUCUUUGAGCCCAUAGUUAUUCUAAAACACAUUAAAGAUGCUGAAUCAGAAGGCAUUAGCCAAGGGACAUUCAUCAUUUAUAAGGUGUCUGUAGGUAUGUGAUCCAGUAAUUCUGUAUGUAAGGCUGCGAGAUUACAGUUUGGAAUAAUAAAGAAAGCAUGCAGGCAAAACUAAAGCUUUCUUCUCUUACCUUCUGUUGCACUAGGUGAUUGACUUGUCUAACAAGAACAGACACAGAGGCAUAAAUGCAUGGGAAAAUUUAGCCUGAAAAAUGUGUUGUUUUUUUGUUUUGUUUUUUUUGAGUUCUGGGUGAACUUACCCUUGCAUCCAGAGCUGUUGGUUCUCCAAGUUGUAAGGGUCAGGAUGAAAGGAAGACCACAGAUACCAGAAACAGGACUUGAGUUCAGACUAUGGAAUUGUCCACUUAGGUCUCACCUAAUCCAGUAAAGCAUUAAACCUUUAUUUUUGGAGUGUGACUUUCCUUAAAGCAGCUCCUCUGCCCGUGCUCAGAACAGCGUGCACAAAGAGGAACGUGCUCUGCAGUUGUUGUGCUUAGAGCUGUUUGCAGCUUUCCCAUUUGCAGACCACCUUGCAGACCCCAUGCAUGUGGUUCAGAUGAAUUAGGCAUGGAGUUGGAGAUAUGGCACAGGGCAGGAGCUGAAGGAAAGCACUGAUGCACUACCAGAUGUGGAAAAUGAAAGGUGGGCAUUUAAUCAAGUAUCUUGCACAGAGCAUGAGGCCUGGUAAUGCUGUUCGGCCUGCCCUGUGCAUCGUACAGAAUCUGAUAUCAUACCAGGAAGGCAUAAAGCCUUUCUUACACAGAAAAUCCAUCCCUGGUGGUGCCAUCAUGCUAUUCACAGUUUUGGAGCCUGGGAGGUCUCUGUGCACAGCACAGCUCCUUUUCAGUGCAGUCCAGCAGCAGGCUAGCCGAGUGAGCUGCGUUUGGUUGGUUGUAAGGGUUCAGGAACUUACCCACCAGUCACUUGCUGUCUCUGUAUCUGAAGUGAAUAAAAACGCUGUUUGGGAGUCCCAGUCUGCAGCAGCAGAUAGAAUGCCUCUGGUAUUUUCUGUUGCGUAUCUAUCAGCAUCAACCCUGUCUGUUGACUUUAGAUAGCUGUCUGCACACUGUGACCUGGUAGCUCUAGUGAGAAGUAUGUGACAAUGUAAAGUGGAAGAGUUGGUUUACUUGGGUUGAAUUGCUUAAUAUUUAGAAGGCUGUUCUAGAAAUCUCUGAAUAUUUUUAUCUGAAAAGAGAAGCCAGUCUAAAUGUUAAGGAGUCCUUGAGAUGACAGCAAUGGCAGAAUUCAACAGCAUCCAUUCAGUGACUGAAAUGCCAGAAGGAGACAAUCCUAAAAGCGGUUUCCAUCAUGGAAUGUUCUUGGAACCCCAAGAGAAGAAGAAGAGCAUGAAGGCUCUGGUGGUUAAGCAAGCAAAGAAAACUUGUAGCUGCACUCCAGCCAAAGUUAAAGACUUUGUUUUAAGUUUCUUUCCUGUCUUGCAGUGGCUUCCUAAAUACAAACUGAGAGAGUACCUACUGGGAGACAUAAUGUCUGGUGUGAUUGUGGGGGUCUUACUAGUCCCACAGUCAAUUGCUUAUUCUCUCUUGGCUGGGCAGGAGCCUAUUUAUGGCCUUUAUACAUCCUUUUUUGCUGGCAUUAUUUAUUUCAUAUUUGGAACUUCCCGCCACAUCUCAGUUGGCAUCUUCGGUGUGAUUUGCCUGAUGGUAGGACAAGUGGUGGAUCGUGAGAUACAGAGAGCUGGCUAUGAUGCAGAGCCAGCAGCGCUCAGUGGCCUCACAGCUACAGCAGCAUAUGCAAACACCACCAGUUCUCCUGUGAAUCGGACAUCACAGGAGUUGCUCUGUGAUAAAAGCUGCUAUGCAAUUACAGUGGGAGCCACUGUGACCUUCAUAGCUGGAGUUUAUCAGGUGGCCAUGGGUUUCUUUCAAGUGGGCUUUGUCUCAGUGUACCUCUCCGAUUCAUUGCUGAGUGGAUUUGUCACGGGUGCCUCCUUCACCAUCCUGACCUCACAAGCCAAGUAUCUCCUGGGUCUAAACAUUCCAAGGACCAGUGGCAUUGGCUCCCUCAUAACCACAUGGAUAAACAUCUUCAGAAACAUACACAAGACCAACGUCUGUGAUCUCAUCACCAGCAUCUUGUGCUUUCUUGUACUUAUCCCAACCAAAGAGCUUAAUGAUCAUUUUAAAUCCAAGCUCAAGGCUCCAAUACCAGUUGAACUAGUCGUGAUUGUGGCAGCUACUCUGGCAUCUCACUUUGGGAAGCUGAGAGAGACUUACGGCUCAAGUGUUGCCGGACGCAUCCCAACUGGGUUUCUGCCACCCCGUCCUCCAGACUGGAACCUGAUUCCUAAUGUGGCUUUGGAUGCUAUCCCCUUAGCUAUUAUUGGCUUUGCCAUCACUGUCUCCCUCUCGGAGAUGUUUGCCAAGAAGCAUGGUUACUCUGUGAAGGCCAACCAGGAAAUGUAUGCCAUUGGCUUCUGCAACAUCAUUCCUUCUUUCUUCCAUUGUUUUAUAACAAGUGCAGCUCUUGCGAAGACUCUUGUCAAAGAGUCCACAGGCUGUAGGACACAAGUGUCUGCCAUGGUAACUAGUUUGGUAAUCCUAUUAGUCCUCCUUGUGAUUGCACCUUUGUUUUACUCCCUUCAGAAAUGUGUCCUUGCUGUCAUAACCAUUGUAAACCUCAAAGGAGCCCUGCAGAAGUUCAGGGACCUGCCAAAGAUGUGGCGUUUGAGCAGAGUGGAUACAGUGAUCUGGCUAGUUACUAUGGCAGCCUCAGCCCUCAUCAGUACUGAGAUUGGUCUUUUGGUUGGUGUUUGCUUCUCUAUGCUCUGUGUCAUUUUCCGAACUCAGAGACCUGAGGCACCACUGCUUGGUUGGGUGGCGGAGUCCGAGACGUAUGAAUCCCUGUCUGCUUACAAGAACUUGCAAACCAAGCCAGGAAUUGUGGUGUUCCGUUUCGAAGCACCCCUCUACUAUAUCAACAAAGAGUGCUUUAAAUCCAUCCUGUACAAGCAAACUGGGGUCAACCCAGUCUGGGUGAAAGCAGCAAAGAAAAAGGCAGUAAAGAGAAUGCUUAGAGAGAAAGAGGUAGAUUCUGGUGGCAACCAGACCAGCAUCUCCAUGGAUUUUGUCUCUGAACCUCUGGGAUUUCACACAAUAGUGAUUGACUGUUGUGCAGUACAGUUUCUGGACACGGCAGGAAUACGCACGCUCAAAGAGGUCUGCAAGGACUACAGGGAGAUAGAAGUCCAGGUGCUUCUGGCCCAGUGCAAUCCUUCAGUGAGGAGUUCCCUGAUCCGAGGAGAAUUCUUUAAAGAGGGGGAAGACCACCUUCUCUUCCACAGUGUGCACCAGGCUGUGGACUUUGCAUUGGGGGCACAGCGGCACAGCGGGACUAGCGUUUGUAAGAAGUAGCUGUGGAAAGGCAGCAAGUUGGAACAAAGCUUGGGGGAAUAAUGGUGGUGGGUCUGUAUAUCUGUGCAAUAUAUAUGCACUCAGAUAAAAUGAAGCAGAGUGGUUGUUAACACACUGAUUACUUUGCGGUCUGUUUUGAUGCUUUAAAUUUGCCUGCUGGGUAUAGUGAUUCAUUAGGUGAUAUUGAAUGAAGGCAAUUCUUAACUUGAUUAUGGUCAAUCUGUGAAAUCUUAAAGGGUUGUCAUAUGGUUAUUCAUCUCAUUUUUCUUCUCUCUAGAACUUAACAUGUCUUGGUUCCCUUCUAAGUUUUGAUCAUAAGCCUCGUAAGUCUUCAUUGCAACCCAGUCUCUAUGGAUGGGAUUUUGAAGUAGUCUGGGUACCCUGUCCAACUGAACAAUGAGAGACAACUCAUUUCUUGUCGCUCAUUCUGGCAUUGCUUUUCCAUAACACCACACCCUUAUAUUUUCUAAGUAAUGACUGAUGGGGACUGUUUGCUCUAGUCUGUGCUGUUGAGUGAUUGAUGGGUGAUUUUGUAACGUCCUGAAUUUGAGACAGAUAGAUAAAUGAAAUGCAAAUGUGCAUGAAGAACUUUCUUAACGAAUAGCUCCUAACAACCUGUCACCUCCAGAGGCUUUGCCAGUGUCUCCUGAGAGCCUACUACAGCCAGGCAGCAAGCCAUGGUUGUCUCAUUUCUACACAGGCCUUUACAUGCCAUGAAAGCUUGCCUUUCAGCUUCAACUUUUUAAUGUUUUUUUUAUUCAGAGGUGACUGUUUAGAAAUCUUUCAUGCUUAUGAUCAGGCAUUUGUUUUCCUAAAAUUUAACAGCUCUUAGAAUUGUGGGCAUUAGAUACUGAAAAUGCUUAAUUCUUGAGUUUCAAUAGAAAACAGUCCCUUUUAGCCAAUUUUAUAUGCCAGGCAGACAGGAUCACAGGCACCAAAACGAAAAGGGCCAAAUAGAUAUCCAACAUCUGUCUAAUUUUGUCAGUGUUGAACAGAUUUCACGUGUGAAUGCAGGUUUUGUUGACUGUAGCUCCUUUACUCAUGCUCUGUCAUGGGCUUUGUGUAAUGGGGAUGGACAGGACAAGAACUACAGCCGCUAGAAAAGGAGACAGAGAAAUUCUGUGCUGAAUGUUAGUGUAAAUAAACCUUUGUACUUUGGCUUUAAUUAUGCAGAGCAGUGAACAGUACCUGUUCUUUAUGCUAAAACACAAAAGCUGGUUAGGAAGAGGUUCUCUUUUCUUACACCAAUAAUACAACUAUGAAAGCAGAAUUGAGAGAUUAACAGCUUAAACUGAGUUCCAGCUGUAUGUAGUGCACUGUACAUCCUUGGAAGAUGGUGGUUUCUCCCAGGUUCUUCACAGCUUUUUGAAAGGGAAAAGUUGCUCUAUAAAUAUAGUAUUCUCAUCCUUAAUCAUUCAAGAAUGAGUCAGGAGUCAAAAAGGAAUAAAAUGCCAUCUGAAUUAUGAACUGUUUUCUAAAUGGAAAUAUAUUUUGAGUUUAGUUUUUUUCCUCGGAUAGGAGUACUAACUAUUCUUCUUAUGGAAGCCGGUAUGUCUGUGACAUAUCACUUCACACUAGGAGCUGGGACCUCAAGGAUUAGAUAGCAGAAAGAUGAGUCCUAGGAUCUGGCAGCGUUUGUAUGUUACUGAAGUUAGUACAGUUUUGUAAGACAUCACAGCAGCAUAUAGCAAUGGGGGGGAAGGUGGUGGGUGGCUGUUGCAUACUUUGAAAAGGAGUACAUGACUGAGAUCUGUGCUUCAUGUGUUUGAGAACUGGCAGUGUUAAGGAAACAAAUCUCCCAAGUAUCAGAAAAUGCUAAAGAUUCUGCAGUAGUCAAAGCGCACAAAUGCUGUUCUUUCUCAGCCCUAAGGCGUGUGUAUACAAGGAGGAGAAUCCCAAACAGCUACUGCUGAACUUUUUUCUUUUCUGUAGUAAUCUCCUUCAUGAACUUUCUUAUUCUGGGCUAAGAAUCCUUUAUGCGGUUUGGAUAAUUGUAACUGAAUUGGUAUUACCAGAGUGGAUUAGCCUAAGCCAUAUAAAAGCAGUGAGUGGAGUUAACGCCUAUGUACGGAGUGAGCGCAGGAUGGGAAUUAUGGUUUAAUUCCUCACCAUACCUGUUUUCCAUUGAGUUCCCAUUCAGAGCCGCUGGGUUGGUGUUGAGAGAGCUGGCACAACCAUGGCAGCUCCUGCAGCUGGGUGCUGGCUUGGGAAGGGUUUGGCACCAUGGCUGCUUUGGCACUGUGCUGGCUGGUGGCAGGGGAGCUGCGUAGACCUGCACACGUGCAUUCAGCUGGUGGCAGUGCUGUGUGCUGGGGGAGUCCCUUUUUGGCACAGUUUGUUCACGUUACCAGAAAGCAUCUCUAGAGCUGUGAACAAAAGCCUCUGCCCCUUUUAGGCACUGAUUUUUUUUUUUUCAACUAAUGUUUUUCAAGAGAGCAGAGCGGUGCCAGAGAGCAGAACGUCUUCUCAAAGCCCUGAUGAAAAACUGCAGUACGGCCAACAGUAAGCAGUGUGUGCUGUUAUUGCAUGUUUCUGCCUACCUGCAGCUACGUGUUCUCACCCCUUUACCCCAUAGGCAUGGGCAGCUGAGAGGGAGAGGAUGACUGAGCAGCUGGCCAAGAGACUUCCUUUGAGGCAGGUCAGUUAUGGGUGGGAUAGAAGUAAAAUAGAAAUGGCUCUGGCUGAUCCUUUACACUCACAAUUCCUCUCUCCUGUACUCUUUUCAUGCUGCCCAGGUGGAGAUAUUUUGAUCUGUGACCAUGCACAGAUUUGUGUAGCCAAAUUCUGAGAAAGGGAAAACCAGUAAUUAUUUAUUAAAAGAUAUUCUUUCAAAUCCAUUUCUACCUGUGUCAGGAAGAGAGGAAUAGCAGUGUUGCUUCCAAGAAGUACACACUUUACACAGCUAGCAGGAUGCAUAUUUGUAGCUCCUGGGCAUCUGUUUGCAUAAAAGCACAAUAAAAUAGCCAUAAAUUGAUUUUCAAAUAAUUAAUUUAGAUUACAGCUGAAAGAUAUACUGGAGUGAUUUAUUGUAUUUGGCUUCACUGCUGUUUCUGCAGACAUGACUGGCAACAUAGCCUCUAAAUUCCAUUUUAAGCAAAACACAAGAAGCCGUACUAAAAUGCAACAGCAAAAGCAGCCAGUCAACCAAAAGAACAACUUUUAAUGUUCUUAAAGAUAACAUCCAGAGGUCAUAGUAUUAAUAAGACUAGAUUAAUACAUAGAGCCCUGCUUAAAACGGAACAGAAAUAGAUGGCAUUUUCCAGAGAGUUUGGUAUAAUAGAGAGUCCUUUGGAUUAACUGAAGAUUAGAGUUUAUCAUGUCUGGAAUUACUUAGAACAGUGGGGUUUCAGCCAUUUUUCUUUGAGGCAUAGAAUAAUUUUUAACAGAGACAUGAAACUGAUUUAAGUCUACUGGCAAGAAGCACAUUUUGCUUAAGUAUGUUUAUGGACCCUUUAGAAAUAAUCCAAUUUCAAGUUUAAGAAUUAGGGACCACUGGUUAAAAAUAGUUGCCCUCAAGAAUUUGUUUUAUAAAGGAAUUUUGUGUAUCUACACAUACACAUAUAUGGGUGUAUGUAUUGUAUGUAUGUGGAUACACACACUUUUGCUGCUCUAUUAUGAAUGCAGCAGCUAUAUAUAUCCAGUUAUACUUUUGCGGUACUUGGGUUCUGCCUUCUGCUGUUUUGAAUGAGCAGUGGAAAACAUAUACCAGAUUUUAUAAGGGGAAAUCUGCUGCACCCACUGCCUUCUACACUUUCUCUUAUCCCUGCCUCUCAGUGUAAUUUGUAAUCUAUAGGAAGAGGGAAUCUUGGAAGGAUUGUGUUUGGGUUUAUGCAUCUGUCAGCAAUAGGAAUGUUCAUCCCAGGUGCAACCUUCAGAACCCAAGGCCAGAGUGGGAGAUGGUGUAAAUCAGUUAAUCUCCAUUCCCAAACAUUCUAAUCAGCAAUUAAUCAGUCUAAAUGAAGAACUAAGAUCAUUAACACAUUCAUUAAUGACAACAACACAGCAUUAUGGAAAUUAACACUCACAGUCCCAGCUAUACUAAAGACUCCUGAGAAAUGUCUUUAUUAGUCUCCUGCUAAAUGUCAGACUCUAUUUUUAUGGUUAUUGCUGCUAUAGAUAGUGGGCUCAGUUCCUCCUCAUGUGGCGGUUGCACUAAUAAAUGUUUCACUUGUGUGAAUGUUUUGACAUGGAAACAAUUUUCAGUCCAAUUCAAAAACCAGGAAGAGGUACUGCAGUGGGUCACGUGGUGCUUAGUUUUGGAUUUAUAAUGACAUUGCCAACCAUAGUCUUGUGUGAUUUAGUGAUCCUGAUUUCCAUUGAAGCUCCAUCUGCACCUCCCAAAUUCAGUGUGAGACCCACCUCCACCCUCUUGACACUUCUGUGUUUUGCUGUAAGACUUUGCAUAUAAUCAACAGUAAAUAGAAGAAUCAUUGCCUUGGUGUAUAUUGCUAUUACAUGUGACCUGCCAGAUCUUUUGGUGAGGAUAAAGCUCCUGAAGAGAGUGUGUAAACCAACCCCACACCCCCAUCAGUUCCCCAGAUGCUGGGGAUGGGAGAAAGGGGACUGUGGGCAGCUGGCAGGGGAGUACCACAGUUUCUUUCCCUCCAUAAACACACUGGAGCCUCAGUCUGGUGUGGGCUGUGUGAGGGUUUGUGUAGCUGAAGGAGUAACAGUGCUGCCCAGAAAGGAUGGAUAAGGUGGAGGUGUCUUUAUUAUGGGGCUCCUGUGUUAUGCAGCGAUGUGUCUUUGUAAUGAGUGUAAUAAUAACACAGGACCUAGUUCCUGCUCAGUGCUGCUGCAUGGGUCACUGUCCUGAACUACAUAUGUAAGUUAUAUAUGUCUCCACUUCCUUCUGAAAGAGAUAUAAAAGUCUGUUGCUGGUGCAUCUGAAAUACAGAGGUGAGGUACUGGGGACAGGAAAGCAUCCUGCCUGCCACAUCAUGGUUUUGAGCUGGGCAAUACCCAGCUGCCUCCCACAGCCUUGUGCUGAGGUCAGCUGUGUACUCUGCCUGUGCCAGGUCCUAGAUCUAGGUCUUACGUGGUGGGGUCCAUUCUUUCUCUGGCCAAACCUCUCUUGAGAAGGCCAGCAACACUGCACGUCUCCUUGGGUGCAGUUCCCUGCGCCUUUUCACUCAAGGGCUGUGCCAGCUCGCUCUUCCCCACCAUGCUUUGGCUACUUGCUGUCAUCUCCAGCGCUGCUGGUGCAGAUUGCAUUUAAGCAACUAGAAGACUUGUCACCCACACGUCUCCACUCUGAAACCAGCGCAGGAACACCCAUGCUGGCCCUGCAGCUGGGCACACUGGUCAGCACUGACCUUAACGUCCCAGCAGUGAGGAGCAUGGCUAGGCUGUAGGGAGCUGCAGGUCAUAGAAACUGGAACAGGAGAAAACCUUUGAGCUGAGGGUGAAACUCUUCAGGCAGAUAGUUUGUUUUAGGGCAUUAUCUUAUGUUGCUUUUUUUUUUCACAUGCUUUGGAAAGGUGAUUACAUGAUUGAGGUGAUUUACAUUUUGAUACUAAUAUGGUUAAGCUAAUGAAGCUGUGACAAGCACCUGCUGCUCAUGCCCUCCAAGGUGCUUUGUAUCUGCGUAACUUAUUUUGCUUUGCUGAGUCUUGAUAUAAGAUACUGUUGUGAGACUUCCAUAUUGAUGUAACUGUCCACACUAGAAGAGCUUUGCACUUCUACUUGCUGGCAUAGAAAAAGGGAACAGUAUCAUUAGUGCAGACUUUGCACUGUGAAUGACCUUGUUAAGUCCCAAGAAUGACUUGCACUUGGUUAUCAUGUUUGUAAGCCUUUGUAGGAUCAGCUGCUGAUGUGAAAAAUUACCUGAUCUUUUACUUUCAGUCAGAUUCUACCUGAAGGAGAAAUAAUUCUGAAUCUUGCUUUUUCUUCUGAGAUCAUUACAAUGCUAAAAGUGAGGCCUCUGGUUAGGUAAAAUGGCAAAUAUUUUUAUUUUUAUAUAUAUAUAAAAAUUCAUAGUAUAAUAAGUACUUUUCUGGUUUAUUUUCUAUAGAUUGUAUAUGCUAAGGCAUUUUGCUGUUCUCUAGUGGGCAAAUACAGAAAGUAUUUCAGCAUUGGAUGGAGAAUCAAAUUUUCACUGAGUAUAUUUACUGCCAAAAAUAUGUGUUUGAAUUCCAUCUCUCUCCAGCUUUGAAAGCACUUGGCUCUUAGUCUGGCUUUCAAAUGAUCUCAGGACUCCACAGGAAGAUAGGAAGUGAAACAUUUUGCUGGACUCGGGUGCAAGUUUUUUAUGUCUAAUUUUUAACUUAAGGAAGUACAUUUUCUGUAUAAUUGAAAUGCAGCUGAAACAUGGUGAAGGAGAGGUAAAGCUUCAUGUUUUCUGGGAAGCGCAUGAUGCUUUGAGUUCAUCGGCCUCUUGCGUCCCUGACCAUCAUGUCUGGUGUCUUGCUAUGCUCCAGGGUAUGAUUUUUUUAUUUAAUUAUUUUAAAUUCAGAGUAAUUUUAGACAUUUGUGACAUAAUGUUUUUCAGAAUAAACCAAAUGGCAGAUUUUGCCUGGAGCAGCUUUUUCAGACUCGAGAACCAUUUUAACCAAACAGGACCUCCUGGAGUAGAUCACACUGGUCGUCUGACCUCUAACCAGGUUACAAAAUGGUUUAUUUGAAUAACGUGGAAAAGUUGUAUAGAAUGUAUUAAGCAUCGCUUCUUACUGUGACUAAUUUGUGCAGUAAAACCAAGGUAUGAUGUUUCCCCCAGUGCAGUGGUGGAAUCAAGGGUGCUGGGGGAGCAUCAGCCCACGCUGGGUGGCUAACACAGGCCUUGCCUUGUGCCCAGCAUGGGGGAGAUGUGCUGCCAUCAGCUCCUUGUUGGGUGCUGUGCUCACCGACCAAACGAUUGUGAUCUGAAUUGUAUUUUGUCCAUCAUCAUCUAUUGUCCUGCAAUCAGCUAUGGUGUCAGAAUCAGCAUGUUGUUGACUCUCCUUUACGCUGUUAGAUCUCUUAUCAGUUGUCAUUUUUAAACACUAAUGUGCCUUACUGUCAUUGUAGAAGAUUUGUUAGCAAGAAUUUUCUAUCAAAUAUGGUAAAAUCUUUGGGAUUUCUUGAUCACCAUUAAAAGAUUGUAUUUGGUUUU